CAGUACAAAGUGAGACAGAGAAAGGGUAGGCCUUGUCUUGAGAGAUUUUCUGCUCCUGUAGCACAGAGAGCGUGAUGUCAGCGGUGGCAGUACUGUUGUAAUUGACUUGGUGGGGGUGAUGGCGUCAUUUUAUGCCCUGGUGUAGCCUCCUGCUCCAAUAGCGAAGGGGAGACGGAUCUUUGGCCGACGCGACCGUGGCUCCCUUGGCCGUGAUCGAGCACCGCCGAGCCGGACAACUCACCCCGGGAAACAUGGAGGCUGUGGCCGAGGAGCUGCGGGCCGGCUCUCGGGUACCUGUCACUAUCGAUCAAAUAGUUAACGAUACACUGGUGGUGACGCUGACCUAUCGAGAAAGGAUCUACACGGGGAUUUUACUCGAUUGCAACAAAAAGACCGGGCUAUUUUGUCUACCAGAUUUCACAACAAAACUCGGGGACUGCCAAGAAUCUAAACCUGCUUCUGAAAUCCAAGAAGUUCUGAGCGAGGACUCGGUUUCCAAAUCUCCCAGCCAGAUUUCACACAGACCAAAGGAUGAAAACACUCUCCCUGAAAGCAGCAUACCUACACCUCCUCUACCCUGCCCCGUUCCCACACCAGUGCCAGCUGGACAGACUCCUUAUCCUCCUUAUUUUGAAGGAGCCCCCUUCCCCCAGCCCUUAUGGGUGCGCCACACCUACAGCCAAUGGGUACCUCAACCCCCUCCACGACCAAUCAAGAGAAAGAAGAGGCGAACGCGAGAGCCCGGCCGUAUGACCAUAAGUACUAUCCGUCUGCGGCCUCGGCAGGUACUGUGUGAAAAGUGCAAGAACACACUAAAUAGUGACGAGGACAGCAAAGAUGGCAUGAGCAACACCAAGACCUCUAGAAAAGAAAAUUCACUACAAAGUGACGAUGACGGCUACGACAAGGAUACCCCUAAUAAGUUGUCGAGAAAAGAGGACACAGUCACAGCCAAGGACACUAAAAGACGGGAAAAUGGCACCAGCCUUGAUAGUAAGCGUCUCAGAAAGGACAAAAGGUGCGAGGCUGAUGGGGAGAAGUACCCUGGAACUGAUGUUAUUCCACACAGUCCCGUCAUAAAGAUCUCCUACAGCACUCCACAGGGCAAGGGGGAGGUUAUGAAGAUCCCGGCGCGAGUCCACGGUUCAGUCAAACCAUUCUGCCCCAAACAGCUAGUGCAGAAUGGCGUGGGGGAAAACGAUAAGGCAACUUCUGAUGCCACCAAGGAACAGCGGCACAUUCUAGAUGCCACAAGGUCUGGCCUCACUGUGUCCAUUCCCAAACUCAAACUAACAAGACCUUUUGCAAAUGUAGGUCAGGACACACCUUCUCCAAAGAUCCGUUUGAGACCCCCUCAGAGGGACACUGAGGAGAGCGUGGUCGAGUAUGAUGCGGAACUUGUUGGAGGCACCAGGAGACGGAGCCCUAGGGGGCCCGGGCCGUGCCUCCCACACUCCGAAGACUCAGGAGAAGGCAAGAACUCUCUGGAAUUGUGGUCAGGGAGUUCAGGUGAGGAGGCGGAUCGCGGCCACAGCGACCUCACCCUUCUCAUUAACUUCCGUAAGCGUAAAGCGGAUUCUUCUAGUUUGUCGGUGUGCAGUAGCGACAGCCUGGACGAGUCCAAGUCCUUCAGCUCGGACGGCACCUCACCAGAGCUGUGCGAUCUGGCGCCUGGUGAAGACCUCUCUGUAACCUCAUCUUCUGUACCUUCACGGGACGACUGCAAGACGGUGCCGCCUCUCACAGUGCGGCUUCACACCCGCAGCAUGACAAAGUGCGUGACAGAAGAAGGUCACGCCAUAGCGGUGGGUGACAUCGUGUGGGGGAAAAUCCACGGCUUCCCCUGGUGGCCCGCACGCGUCCUGAGCAUCAGCGGCACUCGCAAGCAGGAGACAGCCAGUUGCGAGGCCCAGUGGCCCCAAGCCAAGGUGGCGUGGUUCGGUUCACCCACAACCUCCCAGCUUUCUGUUGCCAAACUGUCGCCCUUCAGAGAGCUCUUCAGGUCCCGCUUCAACCGGAAGAAGAAAGGGAUGUACCGGAGAGCUAUCCUGGAGGCAGCCAAGGCCGUGGGUCACAUGAGCCCGGAGAUUACAUCACUGCUUUCUCACUGCGACACGUAGAGCCUGAGGACUGAAGACAAGUCUCCGAGGUUUUUCUGAAUUCUCAGACUAUGUCAUCAAGACCCAGGAGGGAGUACGUGUGGUUGCCACGGCUACUAUUUAUACGCCCUCUCAUUUUUUUUAAAUUUUUUUUUUUUCUCACAAGGCUGGUGGAAAAUGGCCGCCAAGGUGGAGUGUUCUCGAGACCGGAUAAGGGAGCAAAAAAUAUAAAGGCCUGGCAUCUCAUGGUCUUCUAUGAACUAUGAACUA